AUGUCUACGUUAAUAUUUCCAGGAGACCAGCUGAAUAUUGAUAGCGAACAGCCAACUACGCUGGGUCCAGGGCUUUAUUUUGACCCUGUAACGCAGGAGAUAGGCCCAACAAAUGCCGGUGUCGAGGUCAUCGCCAAUACUAAAAGAGGGCAAACGGUUUAUGUUGAUUACGAUUCGAAACGAUAUAUUCCAGCCGUUGGGGACUAUGUGAUUGGAAUAAUAGUCGGGCAAUUUUCAGACAGUUAUAAAGUAUCUUUAUCCAGCUUUUCAUCGAGUGUGACUCUAUCUUAUAUGGCUUUCCCCAAUGCAUCUAAGAAGAAUAAGCCAACGCUUAAGGUUGGUGACUUAGUGUACGCAAGAGUUUGUGCUGCUGAAAAGGAAUUGGAAGCUGAGAUUGAGUGUUUGGACUCUACAACGGGUCAAGAUGCAGGUUUCGGUUUGCUAGAGGGUGGAAUAGUGAUAGAUGUCACUUUAGGAUUUGCCCGCCAUUUAUUGUUUGAUAAAGAUUUCCCUCUGCUCAAGAUACUGUCGAGCUUUACACAGUUCGAGGUGGCAAUUGGUGUAAACGGCAAGAUAUGGGUCAAAUGCGAAGAAGUGAAGAACACAUUGGCUUGUUAUAGGUCUAUCAUUGAUUGUCAGAAGACAUCGGUAAGCGAAUAUAAAAAUACGAUAAAGAGUCACUUCAAGAAUAUUGUAGAUGCUGCAGGGGGAAAAUGA